UCUAAAUUCAACGAGCCAAGAUAACAAGGCCACUAGCUACAAGAUCGAGAUAGUACAAUUCAACGAGCCAAGAUAACCAGGCCACUAGCUACAAGAUCGAGAUAGUAAAACUUUCUUCUCACAGCCACCAUGGUGACAAAUGUUCAAAUCUAAAUGGCUACAUUACGCAUGCGAUCUCACCCCAAAUCGAUCGAUAACUCACUCACAGCCCGUAUAUAAACGUACUACAUGCGUGUAUAGCUAGCUACACGGCGCGCUAUGCAAGCUCCUAAGUUGCACCGCAGGUUGUCAUCAGGCGGGCGCGCGCCUAGCUAGCUAACAUGGUGGCAUCAAGAAGAGCAUCGUCGAUGCGUGUAAGAGCUGCCAUGAAGAUGACAUACCUCCCGGCCUUCGCCGUCGUCUUGCUCUCGGGGUGCGGCCAUGCCUCCUCGAGGUCGCUGCCCUCGGUCACCACCCAUGGCGCCGAUGCACAGCUGGAAGGUGGCCGAGCGGCGCGCGCCAAGCUCGAGCCUCCAACCGCGAAUGCUGAUAAACCGCCGGAGCUCGGAAUCCGCGACAACGGUUCCAUUCAGUCUGAGAAGAAAAAGCGCCAUGCCAAGGCGCCGCCCAAGCACCACGGGCCUGGCAAACACGCUCCCCCGGCCGACCCUUCGCCGCCGGCGCCUGAUCCGGACGGCGGCCAGCCCCCGGAGGUACCUGUUCCGGAGGGCCCGCACGACCAGAACCCGCCGGCGUGGCCGUUCCCGUGGCCGCAGCCGCCACCGGGCAACGACCGGCCGCCUCUGCCUCCGUUCCCGUUCCACCCACCGCCACUUCCUGCAUGGCCGCAACCAGAACCAGGCGAGCAGUGGCCCCCGCUGCCGGCAUGGCCGCAGCCAGAACCAGGAAAGCAGUGGCCCCCGCUUCCUGCAUGGCCGGAGCCAGGACCAGGAGAGCAGUGGCCGCCGUUCCCGGCAUGGCCGCAGCCAGAACCAGGAAAGCAGUGGCCGCCGUUCCCGGCAUGGCCGCAGCCAGAACCAGGAAAGCAGUGGCCGCCGUUCCCGGCAUGGCCACAACCGGAGCCAGGAAAGCAGUGGCCUCCCUUCCCGUUCUACCCGCCGCCGAUGCCGUCAUGGCAGUGGCCGCCAUCACCGUCUUUCCACGGCGAGGAGGAAGAACACGCAUCUAGGCUGGCGCCGCCUGUUCCAGCGCACAACUGAUGCAUGCGUACAGCGCACAGGUACACAAGCGCGCGAUUUUGCCCUCGCGGGAGGACACCAAAUAUUUGUACGACAGGAAUGAAUAGCAAGGAUAUCAAAUAUUAGACCGUGACCACGUAAUCAAUAAAGCUGGCAUAAUUUUAUGUU